UGUUCGGUCCCGCCAGCUCCCGGAGCGGCCGUGCCCGGCGCCCUCGCCCCGCGCCCACUGCCCGCCCAGGCGGAGUCAGCCCGCGCUCCGCCUGCCCCGCUCCGGGCUCGGAGGUCCAGACUCCGGGCUCGCCGCCUCUCGGGCCGGCUCCGUGCCCCGCACUCCCGGUGCCCCGCGUCCCGCGCCCGGGCGGGCGGAGCGCACCAUGCCGCAGUUGGACUCCGGCGAGGGCGGCGCGGGUGGGGGUGACGACCUCGGCGCGCCUGACGAGCUGCUGGCCUUCCAGGACGAGGGCGAGGAGCAGGACGACAAGAACCGCGACAGCGCCGCGGGCCCCGAGCGCGACCUGGCCGAGCUCAAGUCGUCGCUGGUGAACGAGUCCGAGGGCGCGGCCGCAGGCGCGGGGGGCCCUGGGGCCCACGGCCAGGCCGAGGUCGGGGCCGAGACUCUCGGGCGGGAUCACACUGCGCAGAGACUUUUCCCAGACAAACUUCCAGAGUCCUUGGAGGACGGCCUGAAGGCCCCAGAGUGCGCCAGCGGCAUGUACAAAGAGACAGUCUACUCCGCCUUCAAUCUGCUCAUGCAUUACCCGCCCCCCUCCGGAGCAGGACAGCACCCCCAGCCACAGCCCCCGCUGCACAAGGCCAGCCAGCCCCCACAUGGCGUCCCCCAACUCUCUCCUCUCUACGAACAUUUCAGCAGUCCACACCCCACACCUGCACCUGCGGACAUCAGCCAGAAGCAAGGCAUUCACAGGCCUCUGCAGUCCCCUGAACUCUCUGGAUUCUACUCUCUGACCUCAGGCAACAUGGGACAGCUCCCCCACACUGUGAGCUGGCCCAGCCCUCCUCUCUACCCCUUGUCCCCUUCCUGCGGAUAUAGACAGCACUUCCCUGCCCCCACUGCAGCCCCUGGCGCCCCCUACCCCAGGUUCACCCACCCGUCCUUGAUGCUGGGCUCUGGUGUACCUGGUCACCCAGCAGCCAUCCCCCACCCAGCUAUUGUGCCCCCUUCAGGGAAGCAGGAGCUGCAGCCCUAUGACCGCAGCCUAAAAACGCAGGCAGAAUCCAAGGCAGAGAAGGAGACCAAGAAGCCAACCAUCAAGAAGCCCCUCAAUGCCUUCAUGCUGUACAUGAAGGAGAUGAGAGCCAAGGUCAUUGCAGAGUGCACACUCAAGGAAAGUGCUGCCAUCAACCAGAUCCUGGGCCGGAGGUGGCAUGCGCUGUCGCGUGAAGAGCAAGCCAAGUAUUAUGAGCUGGCCCGUAAGGAAAGGCAGCUGCACAUGCAGCUGUACCCAGGCUGGUCGGCACGGGACAACUAUGGAAAGAAGAAGAGGCGGUCAAGGGAAAAGCAUCAAGAGUCCUCCACAGAUAACUCUCUUCACUAUUCCUAGGAGGAAAAAGAAAUGCAUUCGGUACUUACCCGGAGAAGGCCGCUGCCCCAGCCCCGUUCCUUCCGAUGACAGUGCUAUAGGCUUCCCCCAGUCCCCAGCUCCCCAGGACUCGCCCUCAUACCUUCUGCUGCCCCACUUCCCCAAAGAAAUGCUUGUUAGCCCUGUGGAGCCGGCACCAACAUCCUCAGGUCUUUCCGCUACUCUCAGCCUCCCAUUCCCUGGACCCCCACAGGCUCCCUGCAGCACGCUGCAGAGUACACAGGUGCAGCAACAGGAAUCUCAAAGACAGGCAGCCUAGUAUGCGCAAGGCACACCCCAAACGUGACGAAGUGACAAAGAUCUAAAUCAUGUGGAAACCGGCCCAAAGUCCUCUGAGGUUCCAGACCCCGACACUUUCAGAGGCUGCACGAUUUCUGCCUAAACUUGAGGCCAUCAAACUGCGAGCAGAUCUGGCAUCCUGGUGCCUAUGGCAGCCUGCAUCUAUUCUUUUUAUCAUCUGUCUUGCUAGCCAGGUGCCCCUGCCUACCUUGCUUUUCUACUGUAGAACACAGAUGGGCUAGAUUGAACCCAGCUACCUUCUCUACAAAUGCCUCUCCUGUCUCCCUCUGCCUUACCUUCUCCAUGCCAGAAACUUCAUGGACCAAGAAUGACCUGGUUUAUCAAACAUGCGAGCAUAGCUACAACCACAAAGCUCAAGAGGACAACGCUUCCCAAGGGAAAGGAGAAGCUCUUUUUUGGUUUACGGAAAACCAGCUGCUGCUCAUAAGCUGGACUAGAGGAGGCCUGUUACUUGUUCUCAGGAGCUUGCAAGAGGAAAUGCAAUAGGUGAAGUUUGGGCCUGUCAAUCUAGGCAACAGGAAUAACGACACUACCCUACAAGGCAAGUGUGAGUGGUGGAGAAUAUCUGGCUUUAGUUCAAAUUACUUGGAAAUGUUUCCUAAAACACACCAGCCUAAGAAGCCCUGAUACCAAGGGUCCUGGGUGCUAGGAGCUGCAGUCAGUAGUUUGGAGUCAUGGCCAAAUCCAGUGUGCAUCCCUCCCCACUCAGAGAGCCUUUCCAGUUUCAUGUGCAACUCAUCCAUGUCAGGUGAACCAGCUCUUUGGCAGCUGACAGGGGGCAAACCUCACACUUCCUAACAGAGCCUAUCAUUCAGCAUUCAGACCAGGCCAGCUUCAGUUCCCCUAUGGGGCUGCAGGAAAGAGGACCAUUACAACUAAAGCAAGGAGCCCAGAAAACCUCUUAAGUGGUGGACAUGGGUUUUCACCAUAGCCUACUUUAAUCCACUUUUGAGCCAAGCUUCGAUCCUGAGCCUUGAAAAACAAGUUUGUUUUUUUCCUAAUUUAACUUGUUUUUUUUUCCAUCCUUAAUUGUACAUAGUCUGAAUCCAAAGAAAAAGGGCUGUCCGUGUCCUCUACUCAACCCCUCAAGAAAAGCCUUUAGUUCCUACUUUAGUCACUGGUUUCUCAGAAUCCAAAGGUCACAUAUUCUAAUGUAGUGCUACAAGAAGUCUUGGAAAAAAAAAAAAAAACAGACCAAUGUAGUAUUCAAAAUAUUUUUGUAUUGUUAAUGCAUCAUCAUAGAACUUUUUUAAACAUGAGAAUAAAGAUACUUUUUACUGAGUUUGUUUCUCAAAGCCUGACCCAAGGAAUAAGCUGUUUCAGUUAACAAAUCCUAACACUUUUUCUUUUCAGCAGUAACAAAACUUGGAGCUUGUCCCCUAUAAUGGUACACACAUUCCCAAGACUUCAACCUACAAAAGGCACUGGAUCCUGCUCUAUCUCAGAGCUGAGGUCAUGCCGGGUAUAAAUUCCCUUUCCAAGCUUUGUUCUUAAUCCUCUGACCCCAUAACUAAUACAAGCCUGCCAGCUCCCUGGUGUCCUCAUGAGAAUCACUGAGUUGGAAACUCUCAUCCAUAGACACUAAAGGAUACAACUGCACCGGAAACAGAUGCACAUGACCACUAGGUACUAUUUCCUCUGAAGGCAGAAAGAAAAGACACGUUCCAAAAGUGCACAUCUUAUUUCAAGGAAAGCAAGCAACUGAGCUUUUGUAUAACCUGAUGUCACUGUAAAAACCUAUAGAAAGAUAAUAGCAUUUUUUCCUCCCAGACUGUUAAGACACUUACAUUUUUCCUAUUUUCCUACAAGACCUGUGACACCCGAACGAUAAUCCACUUUUUACAUACCAGUAUCCCCCAUGUUAAAGUGUAACUUCUGGAGACCUAUCAUGAAUGUGAAAGGCAUAAAGCCCCUCAGUAGGUCAGCCAUUACACUACAAAUACUGAGCAUGCAAUGUCUUACAAGGGACAGUCACUGGAACACCAUAAAGCAGUGUGACUUCACUGAGUUAACAGGUUUGGGAUUUAUGGUUAAAUAUGUUACAAAUAAAGUCAUCUUCCAAAGUAGUGUCCAUUUAAAGUAGGCCGUUGGGCUGAGUAUGGUACUGCAUACCUGUAACCCUAGCACUUGGGAAGCUGAGGCCUGCCUGGGCUACACUGUGAGACCCUGUCUCAAGUAAAUAGGCCACUGGAAGUUGUAAUCCCAGACGUGCUGCUCUCUGAGAGGGUGUUAGAGGAGACCAGUCAUUCUCUGGACAUCUGUCCCAUUUUAAAGAAUUCUCUGGCUACUGGCCUAGUUUCAAAAAACAUUCUAACCAGGUUUUGUGCAAGGCUGGGUUGUAGCAUCUGGUCUGGUGUCUCAUUUAGAGUGCACUGGACAUUAAGAACAAUGCACCCUUUGUGUAGCUGUGGGGAAGUCUUUGGCAACUUUGUUAGAAUCAGAACAAGUCUUUAGAAAAAACCUGACUUCAAAAAAGAAAUUUGAAGCCUGGUGCCAACGGCUCAUGCCUGUAAUCCUAGCUACUUGGGAA